AUGGAACAGUCGGGUGUGAAGGCUAAUGAUGUUACCUUAUUGUGUGUUCUUUUUGCGUGCAGCCACAGAGGUAUGGUAGAAGAAGGUCUUCAUCAUUUUAGUUCAAUGGAACAAUCUGAUCUGGUGCCGAGGAUGGAACACUACGCUUGUAUUGUUGAUCUCUUAGGUCGCGUGGGCCGUCUUAAUGAUGCAAUGGACUUUAUCAAAAGGAUGCCAGUUGAGCCCAAUGAAAUGGUCUGGCAAGCUUUAUUAUUGGCAACAUGUAGGGUCCAUGAAAAUGUGGAGUUGGGGGAGAUUUCAGCUGAGAAGAUCUUUUCCAUUAGGCCAAAACACUCAGCUACCUAUGUUCUUCUUUCCAACACUUGGACAGGGAGUUAUGAAGAUGGACUCAGUUUGAGAGAUGUGAUGAAAGACCAAGGUCUCAAAAAGGAACCAGGAUCUAGCUGGAUUUCAAAAUGUGGUUAUGCUUCUGAUAUUGAAAUUAAUGAGUAUGUAAUCAGUGGACUUUCCAACAUAGGGCAGUUUGCCGUACUUGUAAUGGACGAGUCUCUACUGCCAGGAUCCACUGCAGUAGCUCAAGUUCACCAGGACUUGAGGAGCAUAGAUGAGCUAAAAAGUGGAAUUGUUGCCUACAAGCUGAAGCUACCAAGCAGUUCCAAGAUACAUGAUGUGUUUCAUGUUUCUCUUCUAAAAAAGAAGCUGGGAGCCAAUGUGAUUGUGGAAGCACAGCUAUCACCCAUCACUGAUGCUGGGAACACUAAGUUGGAACCUGAAGCAAUGUUACAGACAAGAAUAGUCAAAAAGAGGGGUGCUGCUGCCAUUCAGUGGUUGAUUAAAUGGAUUGGUUGCUCAACUGAUGAUGCCACUUGA